AUGGAGGGUCUGUGUUCACUUACUGUGCUGCUGCUGUUGCUGUGGCCACUUGAGACCUGGGGUGGACUGACUCCUAAAUCUCUACUUCCUGCAAAGAUCUGCAGGGAUCCUGCCAUUCUCCACCUUGGUAGUGGUACUGGGCAAGAGCCUGUCGCCAUCACGACUUUUAACUUCACCAAGCCAUCUCCUCUUGAGCUUCAGACCUGGGACCCAGAAGGAGUAAUUUUUUAUGGGGAUACAAAUCCCAAACAUGACUGGUUUAUGCUAGGACUUCGGGGUGGCUAGCUUGAGAUACAGUUCCACAACUUUUGGGCCCAGUUCACUGUGGGAGUUGGGUCCCAACUGAAUGAUGGAUAUUGGCACCAGGUGAAUGUUUACCUUCCUCAGCCAGAUGUGGACCCUUGGGCCUUCUCCUUGGAGUUCAGAUUUCAAUUUUUAAGAGGUUCAGGAUGUCUUCUUGCCCUGGGUAUCUUGGGCGAUCAAUCCCUGCUUUACCUUGAUCUUCAAGACCAAGUGAAAGAGAUAGACCUUAGGGUAGGGCCUGAGAAGCCGUCUAAAUCGUUGCCUCUGAACCCAGGGCCUCUGAUUCAAGUUGAGCUGGAUCUGACCAGGAUAGCCCUGAGUCAGGGGUCACAGGAAGUAGCACUUAUUUUGCCCCCUGCUCUCCUAGUCUCCCAUCUAAACUUUUGGACCCAAUCUGAGGGGAGAGAGGCCUCUUCUGCUUCCUUCUGUCUGACUGGACUUCAGGUACAGGGCAGGGAGCUGGAUGUUGAUCAGGCUCUGAGUCGAAGUAAGAACAUCUGGACUCACAGCUGUCCAAGAGUCUGA